AUGCCUCACCGUAAAGCGGAAAAACCACAUAAUAUUCUAGAUGAGCCAUUACAUGGGUUCUAUAUCCCAACUGCCUUAUUUUUAGUGGGUAUUACUAUAACUACUUAUAUGUCUCAAGAAUAUAGAAUUUUGUACUGUUUGCCAGUAUUUUUUGGUAUUGUUUUGGUCAGAAUCGUCUCAGCAUUAACAAGAUUAAAGUCAAUUACAGUUAAUGGCUGGCAUGAAUUGGAAUUAAUGGAGCAAACUUUAAUUUCCAAGAAUUCUGCAAUCUAUCGUUUCAGAAUGAAAUCUAAUGUCGACUUUUUAGAUUUUGCACCAGGUCAACAUCUUGCCGUUAGGGUUAAGAUCGAAGGCAAAGAAUACGUCAGAACGUAUACCCCAAUCAGUCCAAGACACGAACGUGGCUUCUUUGAUAUCAUUGUCAAAUCAUAUCCAGAUGGUACUGUUUCUAAAUAUUUUGCUGGUUUGGUUCCCGGUCAAACAGUAGAAUUCCAAGGUCCAGUUGGUAAAUUAAAUUAUGUUCCAAAUUCUUCAAAAGAAAUUGGAUUCAUCGCCGGUGGUUCAGGUAUUACUCCAUUGUUACAAUUGGUUAAUGAAAUUGUUACUGUUCCUGAAGAUUUUACAAAAAUCAAAGUCAUUUAUUUAAAUGAAACUGAAAACGACAUUUUAUUAAGAGAAGAGUUAAAUGAAAUGAGUGACAAAUAUCCAAACUUUCAAAUUGCUUAUGUCUUGCAUAAACCACAUCAAGAUUGGCCAGGCUACACAGGUUACAUCACUAAGGAACUAAUGGAAAAGCAUUUACCAGCAGCUGAUGAUGAUAACAGAUUGUUUAUGUGUGGUCCAAAGGGUAUGAAUGAUAUGGCAUUGAACUUUGCUUCUGAGUUAGGCUGGAAGGUUAGAUCUCAACCUUCUCAUCCUGAUGAUCAAGUAUUUGUUUUCUAA